AUGACUGUGCCUGCCUUCGGUUUCUCUGCCGGCGACUUCGUUAGCGCUGUGAACUUGAUCGUCGACAUCACCAAAGCGCUGAAAAACACAGGUGGCGCAGCAGGAGAUUAUCUUCAAGUUCUGGCCGAUUUGAACCUUUUGAAAGACGUUUUGUCGCACCUACAGCAACAGCAAGCCGGCGCGACGAGACAAAGCAGCAGAAAUCCGUUUGCAGAGCAUGCGCGGAAACAAGCAGACCUCACUUUAUCUACACUAGCAAACUUCCUUGACCUGAUAUCCAAAUUCGAUGCUAGCCUGGGCCCUCAAAGAUCGUCAGCAUGGUACCGCGGAGUUGGUAGAAAGGCGCAGUGGGCGCUGGUCUAUUCGAAGCAUGUCGAUGAUCUGCGCUCAAGGAUUGGGACACAGAUUCAGACAUUAAACCUUGUCACUCAACUACAGGAAGAGUAUUCGGGCAUCUCGAUAACUGUCCACCUAUCGAGGAACUUCGAGAACAACUAA